AUGGUCCUGCUGGCGGACGCGGGCGACGGCGCCGAGGUCGACCUGCUGGGCACCACACCGCCACGCGCGCGCAUCCGCGACAAGGAGAAGCGCAGGCCGAUCUACCGCAGCAACACGUGUGGAGAUGUGGCGGGCGGGAUGUACCGGCCUCUCGCCGCGGCCAGCCCCGCCCCCGUGCCCCACGCGCCGGAGCGACUCAGGAAGCGCGCCAGUCUGAAACUGGUGCGCGCGCGCGAGCGGGACCAUAAGGUGGAGCGGGGCGGCGGACGCGCGGACUCGCUGCCCUCGCCUUCGCCUUCGCCUUCGCCCGGCGACGCCCUCGGCCCCGCCUCCGCCGGCGGACCGGCGCCGCCCACUCUGGUGGAGUCAUGCAGCCGCUUCAUGUCGCUCAGCUCGCGGCUCAAGUGUAGCGCGGGGAUCGCAAGCGGCGAGGCGGACGCGGCGGAGGGCGUGGUGGCGCGCGGGCCCGCCCUCCCUCAGCUGCCGGCCAGCCGCGUCAGCUUCCACAGCACCUUCAGCAUGCUCAUCAACAUGGGCAACGUGGACAAGGGCUGCAAGCGCACGGUUAGCCGCGAGGAGCAGGUGUGGCAGAACGAGCUGAAGGACCUGAUCUGGCUGGCGCUGCGCGCGCGGCUGGCGGGCCGCAGCCUGGCGCAGCAGGACGCCUUCCUGUGCGCGCAGCGGCGCUCCGUGCCCGCCCUCCUGCAGACUCUGCUCGACUACAGAUUUGUGAACCCGUACCCGUGCCCGGGCGCUGCGGAGGCGGAGGUGGAGGCGGAGGCGGAGGUGGAUGCGGAGGCGGAGGCGGGCGGGCGAGGGCAGACGUGCCUGUCGGCGGAGUGCGGGCGAUGCGUGGCGGGCGUGGGGCGCUGCAUGCGCGAGGUGCGCGCGCUGCUGGAGGCGGUGGAGGCGGCGGAGGCGCUGUACCCCUCGGGCUGCGCCGCGGAGGCCGACCAGCCCGAGCUCGCGCGCCCCGCGCUCAAGCACAGGAUCCGGGCGAUGUGCCUGUGGUACAACACGGCGCUGCACAUGCGCCUCAAGCUGGUGUCUCUGCGGCGCAUGGUGCGCGAGCGCCGCGCCCGUCCAGCCCUCCGCCACCUCGCCUCCUCCGACUCCUCCAGCGACUACUCCAGCAGGAAGUCGUCAGUGUCGCGUCAGGCGACGCAGGUGCGCUUCAAUGUGAGCGGCGCUCCCUCCACCUCCCCCACCGACUCCAGCGGCAGCGACCUCAGCGCGCACUCGGACCCCGCGCCCGCCCCGCACGCGCCGCACGCCCCGCACGCGCCGCACGCGCCGCACGCGCCGCACGCCCCGCACAGCCGCGAGCACGGCGACGUGCUGGACAGCGGCAUCGACAGCAGAUCCGAGAACUUUGGAGACACGACACCUGAGAUCAUAAUCUCCGGCAGCGCGAGUCCGGCGGGCGAGGUGGGGGGCGCGGGGGACGCCGAGCUGGACGAUGACCCGCUGCGACUGGGCUCGCUGCACGAGCUGACACAGCUGCGGCUGCUCGGCAAGGCCAGCGUACCCCCCUACAGAGAGUACCACCACGAGCUGCUGAAGACGCAGGGGGUGCGGCGCUGCAUGGCUUUCAUCCACAAGAUUAGCUACCACAUGUUGCAGAAGGUGUACCUCACGCUGCUCGAGCCCGAGGCCAGCGUACCCCCCUACAGAGAGUACCACCACGAGCUGCUGAAGACACAGGGGGUGCGGCGCUGCAUGGCUUUCAUCCACAAGAUUAGCUACCAUAUGUUGCAGAAGGUGUACCUCACGCUGCUCGAGCCCGAGGAAUCGGGCGCGGAUGAGAAGACGUACGAGCUGCGUCGCUACGGCUGCUGGUCGCCGGAGAGCGUGGCCAUGCGGCUGCCGUGGUACCGCAGCCACUUCAUCCUGCUCAACUGCAUCUGCAUGGAGGCCGUGCACGACAUCCUCACGCUGCGCCUCGACACGCGCCCCGCCAACCCCUCCUGCCUCACCGUGAAGCAGCUGAUCCACGAGCUGAAGGAGGAGCUGGACAUCGCCACGGAGAUCCGCAGCGCGUUCGUGCGGCACGCGGCGGCGGCGCUGCGCGGCGUGCGGGCCCGCGACCUCGUGCAAGACCAGCUGCGCACGCUGCUGGUCACCUACGACUCCAGCCUCGACACCGCCAUGCAGCAAUACCUGUCGUACCUGGGCACGAUCGCGGACACGGAGGCCAUGCCGCGCGCCCAGCUCGCCGCAGAGUGGGCCUUCGCCGCCCGCCUCGCCGCCCGCGCGCCCCGCGCCGCCGCCCCCGCACCCCCCGCCUUCGUGUACGUUGCGCUCCUCCCCGCCCUCAUAAUGUUGGAGAUCGCGUGCCGGCAGCUGCACCGGCUGGUGCGCCGCUUCGACGACAAGUUCGCGGACCUGGCGCACGUGAACACCGCCGCGGAGCCCGAGGGGCCCAGGUACACGGUGUUCGCGCUGUGCCGCGCCGCGCAGCAGGUGUACGCGGGCGAGCGCGAGGCCGUGCUGCAAGCUGCGCAGGCGGCCCGCGCGCUCGCCGCCCGCCUGCCGCGCCGCCACCGCGCCCUGCGCGCACCGCUAUACGAGAGCCUGAUGCGUCUGCGAGACUGCCUGGUGCGGCACACGGAGAACAUCCUGGAGCACAGCGGCAGCGCGGUGGUGGAGGCCGAACCCGCGGACGGCACCGCGGCGCGCGUGCGCGAGCUGCUGCUGCAGGGCUACAAACUCGGCUUCGAGGUGACAACCGCCCGUAGCUGCUUCAGCGGCGAUUCGGUGCGGGCCCGGGCUAAGGGCGGUGUGUGUCCGCAGCUGCACCGCGAGCUGUGCCGGCUGGCGGCGCCGCCCCCCACCCCGAGCGGGCCGGGUGGACGCUCGCGCCCCGCCUCGCUGCAGCCUGCACGCGCGCCCCCCGCGCACCCGCCGCGCCCUCGCCCCGGCACCGUCAUUAUAAACGAGUGCUACUCUCCCUUGGUACACAAGGAGUUGCACCGGCUGGCCAACGAGUCUGGCGGUGCGGGCGCGGCGGUGGGCGCGGUGGGCGCGGUGGGCGCGGCGGGCGCGGCGGGCGCGGCGGGCGCGGUGGGCGGUGGGCGUGGGCGUGCCGCGCGCUUUGCCCGCGCCGAGAGCGUCACGGAGGAGGGCGCGUUCGACUGCCGACCGUUCGAAAGCGCGUCAGAGUCCGCCGCCGCUGCAGCCGAUCGAGAAGGGGACGAUUUAGAAUAUUUGCUAUCGGGAGGGCGGCAGGUGGAGGCGGAGGAGGAGGAGGCGGAGGAGGGGGAGGCGGAGGGUGCGGGCGAGGAGGCGUGGGCGGCGCAGGUGGCCCGCGCCGUCAUCCAGUUCGCGCGCUGCUGGAUGCGCUUCGUGGUGGAGCGGUGCGAGCGCGGCCGCGGUCUGCGCCCCAGGUGGGCGAGUCAGGGCCUGGAGUUCCUGAUGCUGGCCUGCGACCCGUGGAACACCCGGCACCUGAGCGACGACGAGUUCGAGGAGUUGAAGCAGCUGAUGGACGGGUGCAUCUCGCACGUGAUCGGCUCGCGACCGCCCGCGCAGGCCGAGCCCCCGCGCCGCCCCCGCCGCCGCCUGCAGAGUCCACUUCCAGCCGGGAGCGGCGAGGCCAGCCCCGCCAGCCCCUCCGGCCAUGAGGGUUCCGCGCCGGCCAGCCCCCUGGUGGACUCGGAGCCGCCCUCGUUCGUAAACAUCGAGCACGCCGGUGAGGGGUCCGCCGCAGUAGAGUGCGGGGCGGUGGCGGUGGCGCGGCGCGUGCGCGAGGCGGUGUGGCGGCUGGACGCGGCGCGGGAUGCGGCGCUGCGCGAGCGGCGGCUGGUGGGGCGCGCGCUGCCGGCGCUCGUGCCCACCUACGAGCCCAAGCUGCGCCAGCUCACCUUCAAGUGGCAGCGCGGCCUCAAGAUAGGCGCCGGCACCUUCGGGAAGGUGUACACGGUGGUGAACACGGAGAGCGGGCAGCUGCUGGCCAUGAAGGAGCUGAGCGUGGGCGCGGGCGACCGGCGCGCGCUGCAGCGGGCCGCCAACGAGCUGCGCGUGCUCGAGGGCGUGCUGCACCCCCACCUCGUGCGCUACUACGGCUGCGAGCUGCACCGCGAGGAGAUGCUGCUGUUCAUGGAGCUGUGUGUGGAGGGCUCGCUGGAGGCGCUGGUGGGGGCGUCCGGCGCGCUUGCCGAGCCCACCGUGCGCCGUUACACCAAGCAGCUGGUGAGCGCCGUGGCGGAGCUGCACUCGCGCGGCAUCGCCCACCGGGACAUCAAGAGCGGCAACAUCUUCCUGACGAACGAGGGGCACUGCCUGAAGCUGGGCGACUUCGGGUGCGCCGUCAAGAUCCGCGCCAACACCACCGCGCCCGGCGAGCUGCAGGGCUUCGUCGGCACUCAGGCGUACAUGGCGCCCGAGGUGUUCAUGAAGUCCUCGGGUCACGGGCGCGCCGCCGACGUGUGGUCGCUGGGCUGCGUCGUCACCGAGAUGGCCUCGGGCAAGCGGCCGUUCCCGGAGUACGACAGCAACUACCAGAUAAUGUUCGUGGUGGGCAUGGGGGGAGGGCCCGCGCUGCCGGACGCGCUGUCUCCGGAGGGGCGCGACUUCUGCGCGCGCUGCCUCACGCACGACCCCGACCUGCGCCCGCGCGCCGCAGACCUCGCGCUGCACCACUUCCUGCUGGUGAAGGCGGACGAGGACUGCAGGUGCGAGCCCGCCUACCUCAUGGCGUGACCGCGCCCAGGCCCUCCGCCCUGCGCCCUGGCUCUCCGCCCUACGCCCUGCGCCCUGCGCCCUGCGCCCUGGCCCUGGCCCUGCGCUCUGCGCCCUGGCCCUGGCCCUGCGCUCUGCGCCCUGGCCCUGCGCCCUGCGACACCACUUCCACAUAAAUACACGUAGCUAGGUAUAUAUACUACUCAAAACAAAAUAAGGGCCACUAAGAUUUUAUGCUGUACCAUGAAAACAAUAAAGAUAUUAUAUUGUGUUGGUUAUAUAAUAUAGGCUAACUAUUUAGGUUAGGUACACGUUGUCAGCAGUAGGUGGUGUUGUAACUAACGGACAGUUACUGUAUGAUUACGACGAGCACUUAGUUGAACGUACCGAUCCUCAUGCGCCGUUGUUACACGAACUCUGCCUGAACCAGGUCUUCUGGCAACACUGACUGCCGGUCUCUUGGAAGCGCUUCCAUACAUUUUGGACAGCUCUUCGAGAAAAAAACAACUGCAAGCCCACGUAACGCCCAGAAAACGUCCUCCUUGAAUCAUAGUUAUGACUCUGGUUGGUGUAAUUGUAUCCAUGUACCUUCGUACUGGUGUUAUGAUUAAGGCGAGAUGAUAAAUGAAUCAAUUUAAAUUUGAAAGUAAAACUUUUUUCCUAAAAUAAUCAAAAUAAGAAGACAAUUGAAGAAAAACAUAU